AUGAGUAGGAACAUAGACAAGGCCAACUCUGUGCUGGUGAGGUACCAGGAACAACAAGCUAGCGAAACGGGUGGGUAUAAGGAUUAUUCGCGGUAUAAGAGACCCAAGAGUGUGAAUUCUGUUAAGACGUUGAAAGAGUGUCUCUCUUGGAGAUCGCAGAUUAUCAGUGAGAUCAAGUCUAAUACCACCAGAAUAUACGAUCCAUCGCUGGACGAAGUGACAACAAGAGAUUUGAACGAUACUAUUAAUGACGGCGUGGCAGAAUUACAGAAGUGGGACCAUCAGAUCCUGAAGAAGUUCAACCAUAGACCAGCAAAAGUGCAUAUUGGGGGUAAGAUGAUUUUGGGGAAACGCUAUUUUGGCAGAAGUGUAGAGCUUCCCGAGAUUAAGGAAGUAGUAGAGCAGGAACGCAAUAGGAAGUUACAGGUCGAUGAAGUUAUUGAUACUAAAAAGAUUCCAGAUAAGAAGAAGAACAAGCGGUACUAUUCAUGGGACAACGCAGAUGUGGACUUUGAGCAGGAAUGGACCCAUAAAUUGAGAGAGUACUAUAAGGAUGAAAUCGAACCAAUGGAGGAAGAUUCAGAAGAUGCUGACUUCCAAGUACCCACAUUGUCACAAAUGGAGGUGUGGCUUGUCGAAAGACGGAAACAAAAGCUGCUUCAAGAGUUGCAACUUUAA